CGCUCACUCCAACGCGUUUCCGGUUUUCUGCGAUGGCGGGGAGUUCGAGCCUCACCAGAGCGGGGAAGAGAGUGAGCGAGAGACUGGCGAGUCUGAAUUGUCCAGUGUUGGAAGGAAUUAAUUUGAAUGAUACCGACGCAGUCAUCGAGUUGCUUUGCACGCCCGGGUUAGACAGACUCCAGUUCUUGGAGUGGUUGUGCGUCAGCUGCUGCCCUCCACUCAAAAGAAAAUUUGAAGAACUUCAGUUUAACUUCGUGAAAGCCAGCGCACCCGAUCCCAUCAUACAACAAAUGACGUGCCUUGGACAUAACUUGGGGCUUUGCAGUGCUGAGGAUUUUGAUCUCUUUCAGGGUCAGGCAAGCCCUUACAGGCAACUGGUGUUGAUGGAUCAGAUGCUGAGCGGUGUACAGCAAUUUAAACAAAUCACCGAAGAAGGCGUUCAAUGUGGCACUUCUGUUUGUGCCUGGAAUUCCCGCCUGCUGACCGAAGUCCUCAACGACCCCCAUCUCCGCUGCCCCAAGACUCUCCAGUGCGUCCCCUCGUCCCUCGAUGCCCACAGACUGCUCAUGAGAGCCCAGCCCAGUCGUGAACCAAAGACUCUCUCGGUACCGCCUCUGGAAUCCUUGGAAAAGGAGCUGUUGGAGCUCACGGAAGACCUAGAGAAUACAAAUCGCAAACUUCAGGAGACCAAGCAAAGGGUUGCUUCCUUGGGUUCCACAGAGGAGAGCGAUGAGAGCGUCAUCCAAACACUGAAGCAGGCGCUCUCAGACUUUCAUCAGCUAAUAACUGCCUUCUCCCUGGCAUUUAAGCACGAAUUUGACAUGCAGAAACCAGCACCCCAACUUUGCAACUUUGGACCACUUUGCCAAUCUGUGCACCAACUUCUGACAUCCUGCAUCAAUGAGCUUGCUGGGCUGGCAGAGGUAACAAACAUGGAAGGGAAGCUGGAGGCGAUCGUGAAAAACCUGGAGGAAGAUGCCAUAACCUGGGACGGUGGUGAAGUCGCUACUCUGGUUUCAAGAGUUGACAAGAUGAAGAAAAAAUACGUCGGCUAUUUGGAUGUUUUCCAGUCCUCUGCCGAAUGAACUCGCAGGAUGUUUGUAUCUGUAUGUAUAAAUGUAUAUAUGUGUAUUUUUUGUUUUAUUUUUGGACUCUUACAAAGCUACUCUCACCUGGCUGGCUCUUUGAAAACCAGCAUGGGGAGAAAAAAGGACCUUGACACAGUUUGCUACCUUUUAUUCACAUAGUUUUGAUUCUGUUCUGUCAAUAUUGUCUAUUAAUAUGUCUAACUUAGACCUACAUUUUGUAUCUACUUGCACCAGCAAAAUGAAAUAUGCUGUGUAGCAAUAUGAAGAUCUCUUAAAUUCCUUCAGAAAAAAAUCGGUCACUCAAUCCACGACUGUUUGUGGGGGACGCUGCUGCGCGCAAUUGGCUGCCGCGUUUCGUCCGCAAAAUAUACGGUCAAUUCACUUUACAGUGUAUCCUGUGCAGCGCUUUGAGACGUCUUGAAGACGCGAUAAGGAUUAUUGUUGUAUAUUGUAUUAAAGUCGAUGAACGUUU